GCUGCUGAGGAUAGCAGUCCUCUGAGCACAUCUCAGGGCUGUCUUCGACUGAAAUCAUUCUUACGAUUUGUACUUCACUCAUACCGACUAAGAGUGUUUCAAAUUAAAUAUUGCCAGGCUGUUAAUGUUUCCCUAAAGGCUGAUUCUGUUUGGAGGAUGAACUGACGUGACACAUUUUAGGGUGUUCAAAGGUAGUUAAGUUAAUGUGAAAAGAACAGCGUAGAUACCUAAUCAGUUUUAGAGUUGCUGAUGUAUCCUUGUGGUUUUCUUUGAGGGUGCGAAAGGGUUAUUAUAAUACAUCAGCAAUACCUGGGGUUUCCACUGCAGUAUCGUGGCGGGUGAAUUUCAGUGGUGAUAGCAGGUAGGCAUAAAGGACUGGCAUUGUUCUGGGUGUAUGGCACUGACCAAAUCAAUAUUGUGUGCAGGUUGGGGAGUCAUACAGUUUAAGUUGGAGACUGGUGGAACAGUACAGUGAGUUGCUCAGAGGUUGGAAAAAUUGCCCCAUGGUGAGAGGUGUGAGAUCUUAGAGAGCUCUAAGUUUUUUUUAUAGAAGAUUAUUGACAGACCCCUGAAUUAUACCAUGUAAGGGGAAAAGAAAACAAAAAAUGAAAAAGACCCUGAUGCUGAUACUUUGGAGAGAAAGGCUUACAAAAAAUCAGUAGCUGCAAAUGGCUUCCAUCUCUGUGGUGGAUGAGUAAGAAAUGGAACAAAUGUCCCUUGGAAAGUGGCAGAUUUUUGUAGCCUGGUGUUUUCAAAUCAAGACUAAGUCUCUUCCUGGAAGAGUCCACAGUGAUGGCCAGGUUUUGUGCUUGUCUCUGUGUACAACUAAAAUGGAAUGCAGUGAACUGGUGGUCUAUUACAAUCCCAGUUAGUUGGAAUUUGUACUACAAUGUUGUAUUAUUUUAAGGUCCUGAGCGAUAGGGAUGUAUUGGGUUUCACAGGAAUUUGUCAGCAGAGUUGGCCACAGACUCUCAGGGUCCCAGGUCAUUAUCUUUGUUGCUUUUAAUACAUUUAAGUAACGCUUGUUGUUUUUUUUUUCCAAGUAUUACAUUAUCAGAAUAUAUGAUCACAGAAGAAAGGCAUGCAGGUAGCAAGGGGCACUUGAGUCUGCAGUUAUCAUAAUAAACAACAGUGCAAGAGCAAAGGUGUUCCUGAUGUUACGAGCAUAGCAGAGUUGUUAAAAGGAAAUGCUGAUUUGGUAAUGACAUUGAAUGUCAGAUUCCUUGUGAGCCUGGAAGAAUCAAAGCCUAAAGAUAACAGCAUGUUGGUGUGUUAGGGCUGAUUCCAAAAGGCCACACUGCAGAGCAGCAAAACCUCGGUAGCUAACAGUGUGCUUCACACACAAUUACACGAUGGGAAAUGCAUUUCUGGGGCUGAACUCAUUUUCGGUUUGCUAACUUUUGUGCUUUUGCUUUAAGGCUAGGACUGAGAGAUCUUUGCAAACCGGUUGAAAACUCUUCAUAAACUUCGGGGGCACUUAAGUGUGUGAAGGGAAAAACUUGGAAUUGGUCUAUUUGCAGCAGAGAUAUGAACUCAAUACAUCUGAACUGAAGUCCUUUAAAAUUGGUGACUUCUGAUACAACCAGACACUUAAGGGAAGGAUUCAUAAAGAGAAGCCUGGAAAGACUAAAGCUGCAAGAACAGGAGUUGAAAAAAAGGAAAGAGAAAAAAAAAAAGGGGGAGGGAAAAAGAGAAGAGGGUUGAAAGGUGAGGCUGUACUUUAGAGAAUGUCCAUCAGCUGUCUCUUCAGAUUUGUUACACUAUUUCAUACCAAGUGGCAUCCAAGAAGGGAGUUGUCAACUGUAAAAACCCAGGCUUUGAGGAAACAGGAAUCCAAGAACUCGAACCAGUGCCUUAUAGUUUUUAAUUUGUGUUACUGUGGGAAAGAGAAGCAACCUAACUCAGUGUGUAGGGCAUCAGAUGGAGUCUGUUACGAGAGAGUGGUUGGAGUAGAGACAUUCUGAGGUCCUUUCAGACUUGACCAUUCUAUGCUUCUGUAGACCUGGAGUGAAAUCUGAGAGCUGUUGCCCUCAGAUUGCACCAAAGCUUAAGAUUCUGCAUGAGGUUGUUUUCUUGUAUUGUUUUUAUAUUUACUUCUAUUAUUCUAUGCUGCAGCAUCACAAAUCAAUGUCUUUGUGGUUUGAAGUAGAGUUAAUGUGACAGACACUUCUAGGUGCCUCCCACUUGACUGUAAGGUUCAAAGCUAGGAAUGAGCCUUGUUUUUCUGCCUUUCCUUCCACCCUUUUUUACUUGUUGGUUUUUCUUUUCAUUGUUAUCUUUAGGGCAGUGGUUUUGAAUUUUGUAUGUGAGUAACAGUAGUAUAUAAAAGCUUAGAUGCUGUGGCUAGUCUGCUUGUAUUGCAUCCUACAUUGUCACUGGUAAUUAACCAUGUUACACACCUCCAUGUCUAAAGAAAAGCAAAGAAAAGAAAACCAACAAAAACAAAAAGACACCCUGAAUUUUAGAAUGCUGUGGCAGUUCUGUGGCACAAAUAGAACCUGGUCAGGUUGGAUGGGGCUCUGAGCACCUGGUGAAGCUGUAGGUGUCCCCACUCACUGCAGAGGGGUUGGACCAGAGGCCUUUGAAGGUCCCUUCUAACUCACAUGAUUCUGUGAUUCUAACAUAGUGUAUAAAAUGUUGGAUCUCUGAAAACGUUGCUACGCUUCUGUUUUUAAUUGAAUAUCUUCUUACUCAAAUGCUUUAAAGAUAGGAAUUUUAAAUACUUGUGUAAACACUUUGUUCCUUGAGUUUUCUGGAGUUUUCUGUAUCACAUCAUGUUGGUUGUUUAGUAGAUCUGUUUUCUACAGGACAAGGUUUCAAAAAAGCAGUGGCAGCUUCAUCUUGAAUUUUGAUUGGUCAUUGAAUCAUUGAAUUUUUAUAACAAUGGAAGUGGUCUUGUAACUCUUAAUGUCACCCUCAUGCUAAUCUGUAGGGGAGCUUUGUUAAGGUAAGAAUUAGAUCCAUAUGCUCUGUCUCUGAUUGUGUCCUUGGAGACAAAAGAUAAUGUGAGUCUGUCUUCAUGGCAGUGUGUAUAAAGAAAACCCUAGAAUACAGACCAUCAGAAGAGGUAAAUGCAGAACCGCUGUGUUCUAAAUGUGUGCAUCGGUUGGACGCAUGUCAUCAACAUGUGUUGUUUCUUUAAACAUGUUAUUAUUGUAACAACCAUCAUUUCUUAUUAGUCAAAUGUGGGUUCUUGGUGACAGGUUGCUUAUUAUUAGCAGUUCAAAGUCUGACAUCCAAUUUCCCAGGACUCCAAGUGUAAAACAAGCGUCAUCUAAAUUGUCCCAUAUUGAUAAUUACCUAGAAAAAAACGUGAUGAUGAACAAAAAGUUCAAGAGAGAAAAAAGAAAGCUAAGCUCAAGAAGAGAGGAGAGGCAGAUAGAUGGAGAUGAAAAGCAUCCCCAAAAGCAGCACAAAGUACCAGCUGAAGAACAGCAGUGGCCAGAGAAUGUGCCUGAAUGGGAAGAAAGGAAAUCCCUGCUAGCUCAGAGAAGAGCGGAGUCUGUCAGACUGCUUACAGUGCUGUUAAACCAUGUGAAAGAUGUUGUGCAGUUGGCAAGUCAGAAAGUGGAUCCUUCACCGGGCGUAAGGAAGAAUGAUUCCUUUUCUGAAGCAGCAUUAAAAGCCAUACAUCAGAAACAGAUUAACUCCUGUUGUCUUAUGCACAAAGAUUUGGAACACAAGGAAGAGCUUCAGUGUCAGUUAACCCAAAAAAGUAGCAGCUUAUGUUGUGAGGAAGGAGAUUUGACUGCCUUCUGUGCAUCUACUUCUCAUAUAGUCAAGACAAUUUUAAAUGACCCCGCUGCAGCUCUGAGUUCUGGCAGAUGGACUGGCAGAGAUGCAUACAGCUCCUUUGGCUGUGGAUCUUUACUGAUCACAGUGACUCAAGACUGCAAGGUCAUUGAAUCUCUAGAUGGAAGGGACUGCCAAACACUGAACGUGGUUCACCCACAGACGGGGUCUGAAGAUGGUUACAGAAAGCAAAAGGUUUAUGAGACCGAUGAAUUCAUUCAUUAUUUACUAAACUACUAUCAGACACCAAGCUAUGAACGUGUUUCCCUAGGGACAAAAAACUCUGCAAACAAAUCCUGGUGGAAGAGGGUGGUGUGUGAUGAUGACAGUGGUUUUCACAUCAGCUUGUGUAACAGGCAGGGUCGGCACUUCAGAGAAGUGAGUCUUGUACAAAAUCUCAACAGCAGAAAUUGCGUUGGUGAUGAUAACUGUAGACUAGUGAUCACUGCUGGGGAAUUGGAAUCAACAGACACAGUGUUGAAAAAUAAGGCCUGUGCAGAUAGGCUUGCAAGGAAGCUGCAAAUACAGAGGAAUGACACACUCACUGUUGAUUACUUAUCACAUGCUGAACCAAAUCGUUCUUUGGAUUGCACUGCUGCUGCUCGUGAUGAGGAAUUUGAACAAGAAGAUGGUAGAAAUGAAGUUACCGAACAGUACGAAACUUGUAGAUCUUACCAGUUACAGGACUUGUUGGAAGAGAUCAGUGAUUCUGAGUACUUCAGUGAGGCAUGCAGCGGUGCAAUGAAGAGUGCAGAAAGGAGUGAACAAAUUGACAGCAAUUGCAACAGAGGGUGCUUGCCUGCAAGAGAGAAAGAGAGAAAAUUACUGGUUUAUUUCAAGAAUGUUACUCUGGAAGGUCAAACAAAGGAAAGCAGCAAAUGCAACUUCUGUUCUAGUUCUGCCCAUGAGGGCUUGGCUAGGCAGUGUGAUCAUAACCUUGAAAAGUCAUGCAAGAGAUCUAGCAGUGAAUUAAGACAUAAAGGACAGAAAAGUGAGAGACAUUUCAGGGAAGAGGAAAGAAACACUUAUAAAAUGAAGAAAAAGAGGAAAAAGCUUUCUUCUGAUUUUUUAUCUGAUGAAUGUGGCUUUUCAGAGACCGAGAGUUGCAUACAGCUGGAGUCACUCAGAAAGAUAGAAAGAAGAUGUAAUAAAGCAUUCCACAACAAAGUGAAAUUCAAGACACUUCACGCAGGCACAGCAGCACCAGGCAUUACUGCUUCUGACUGCUUUCCACUUCAGGAGACACUCCGGCACACAGGAGAUGAGAGGAAAUUAAUAUUGAGAAGAGAGAUGGAUGCAGAUGAAAGAGGAUGCCCUCUCUUUCCUCUUGAGAUAAUUCAGACAAACCCCUGCUCAGAUACUUUCUGUGGAGCAGAGCCCAGAAGAGGAUGCUGAACAGCUACUAUAUAAUAGCUCUUAAGCUCCUUUUAGAAGUGGAAGAAGAAAGCCCUUUAGCCGUUAAAAGGUAUUGGAAGUACUUGGGCUUUUUUUCCUUAGGUAAUUCCUUCCGUUAGAAUGGUCUAACUGGUGUAGCAAGCCACAGAAACAGAAUCUCUAUUUACCUUUUGGAUGCAAGGACCAAAAUUUUCUCCAGGGCCAGACAAGCUUUUGUGGACCAGUUGCUCAGAAUUUGAAGAUUUAUGGAUUCAGAUCUCAGAGAUAAACUCUGAUUGAUAUUUACACAAUUCCCUACGUUUACAGAUACAGCAUUUAGUAAUAUCAAGUCCCUAGAAAAACGAAAGCAACAACAACAACAACCACAUAAAUAUAUAGAUCAUAGAGCAAGGAUAUGAAGUGCCUUCUCGAUCAGAUUGUUAAAAUGAUGGAAUUGGAAGCUGUGGGGGACAUUUAUAUGUAAUGGUGGAGAAUAAUAGAUUUCUAAAUAAGAAAAAAAUAUAUACUGUAAUGUUCACAGUGGAAAAAUACUUGUUUAUUAUUCACAGUUCUGAAAGUGUUUCUGAAAACCUGCUGGUCUUUGGAAGGAAGGAUUUCACAAUAACUGCUAGGUGUAGCGCUUCUGAGAAUCUGAUUUUCUAAGCACAGCUCUGAAUGUUGGACAGUGAAAGAGCAACGUCUGUCAGCAUGUUGACAGCUCAUACUUAGCAGGUUGAAAAUACCAUAGAAUCAUAAAGUCAAAGCGUGGCUUGGGUUGGAAGAGACCUUAAAGCCCCCCCCAGCCCCAGCCAUGUGGCGGGCUGCCUGCCCACCCAGCUCAGCCUGCCUAGGGCCACCCAGCCCAGCCUUGGGCACCUCCAGGGAUGGGUGCACACAGCUCUGGGCAGCGCCAGGGCCUCACCGCCUACUGCGUAAAGAAUUUCAGCCUAACAUCUAAUCUAAGUCCCCCUUGUUUUAGUUUAAAAACAUUCUCCCUUGCCUCCUUACACAGUCGCUAUCAGACCAUGUAAAAAGCUGGUCCCACUCCUGCUUAUAAACUCCCCUCAAGUUCUGGGAGGCCGCAGUGCAAUCUCCCUGGAGAUCUCUCCAUGCUGAACAAGCCCAGCUCCCUCAGCCCUUCUUACAGGGGAGGUGCUGCAGCCCUGUGAGCAUCUUCACAGCCUCCUCUGGACCCACUCCAACAGCCCCACAUCCUCCUUGUGCUGGGGGCACCAGGCCUGCUCACAGUACUGCACGUGGGGCCUCACGAGGGCAGAGCAGAUGCAGACAGUCCCCCCCCUGCUGCCCGCCCUCUGCUGGUGCAGCCCAGGUCACUGCUGGCCUUCUAGGCUGCGAGCACACACUGCUGGCUCAUGCCUAGUUUUUCACGCUCCAGGACCCCCAGGUUCUUCUCUGCAGGGCUGUUCUCAAGGAGUUUUUCUCCCACUCUGUGCACAUAUCUGGGAUUGCCCCACUGCAAGUUCAACACAAUGCACUGAGCCCUGUCGAACAUGGUUAGAUUUGCAUGGGACCACAUUCAAGCUUGUCCAGGUCCAUCUGGAUGGCAUCCCUUCCCUCCAGUAUGUCACCCUGCCCUGCUCAGCUUGGUGUCAUCACCAAACUUGCUGAGGGUGCAUUGAUCUGUUUGUGCCACUGAUAGAAAUGUUGAAGAGCACGGGUUCCAAGAUGGACUCCUGUGGAGCACCACUUGUCACUGGCCCGUGCCUGGACCUGGGAGCCAUUAACCACAACCCUCUGGCUGUGGCCAUCCAACAAAUUCCUUAUUCUUAAUAAUCCACCCUUCAAAUCCAUUUCUCUCCAACUUAGAGGCAAGAAUGCAAUAAGUUCACGAGAUUUCAAGAAGCUGUCCUUUGGAAGGCACAUGCAGUGAGAUAUCUAUUUAGCACAAUUAAGCUUACAUAAAAUUUCUAGAAGAAUUGUCAAAUGCUGUUCAAUUCCUGCUGCAUGGAAGUAAAAAUGUGAAAACUCAGUCUGGGAGCUUGAGUUACAUCUGCAUUUACUCAGACGACUGUAUUUAGCAGACAGUCACAGUUGCUCUGGGCCAAAGUCCCACAGAGAGACAGAGGGGACCAGUUCUACUCACAACACACUAAUUAUUUCAACUUUCAUUUUAGUAUGCUUAAUUUAUUACGUGUCAGUAUGUAAAUGUGAUGAUGUUGCCUUCCUUAUAUAACAUAUUACCCACAUUUGUAACUUCUGCUCUAAUAAAUCAUCAUUUUUUAAAAAA